UAUUGAUAGGCUUGAUUUCACGUUUCGAAAAGUUAUGUAUAUUGAAUAAUAUUUUGUGUAUUAGUGAAUAAAUAAUAAAGAUGUUUAUUUUAUAUUUAUUAAAGAAGCAAUUAUAUUCGGAAUUAAAACUUGAAGUAUUGUCAAUUUAAAUUAUUGUUGUAUCAUAAAACACUUCACUGUGUAUCAUUAUCACAUAUAUGUAUGUGUCUUUCUGAUGUAUAUAAAGAAAUACAAUGGUAGAAAUGAAAGGAAAAUUUGUAAAUUCAAUGGGUCCAUUUGAUAUUUGUCAAAAAUUACAUCAACAGCAAAGAACUAAACAAAAUGAUUGUGGUUUUUUAUUAGAAUGUGAAUCACAUAGUCAAAUAGUGCAUAAAUGUGUAUUACGUGCUGUCUCAACAAAAAUUGAUCAAUUCUGUAUGGCAGAAGAAGAAAAUGUAGAAUGUUCAACUGAUAAUAUUAAUAUAAAUUGUUAUGAUAACAUUAACAAUAAUAAUAAUAAUAAUCACGUUAGUAACACAGUAAAACAAUCAAAGAAUUCAUUUUAUUUAGGUCGUAUAUCUGCGAAAACAUUGGAUACUUUUGUAAAAUAUAUUUAUCAAUCAGAGAUUACAAUUGAUGAUCUAACUGUAAUUGAAUUGUACAAUGUUGGUGUUUUAUUAAACAUACAAUUUAUUCAAGAUGCAUGUAUUAACUAUUUGAAAACAAGUUUAAAUGAGAAUAAUUGUUUAAUAUUCAUGAGACAAAAUAAUAAUGUAAAUAAUUGUGAAGCAAAUCAAUUAACUAAUGAAUGUAUUAAACAUGCAGCAAAACAUUUUGACAAAAUGUUAGAUAAUCAUGAGACUAUAAACAUUGAACCUAAAGAACUAUUAGCAAUACUAGAACAAGAUGACUUCAAAGUUCAAGAUGAAUGGAAACUUCUGGAAUUUAUACAUAUAUGGAUUAAAAAGGAUUAUGACAAUCGUCACACAUAUAAAGAACAACUAUGUGAGCAUAUACGUUUUCAAUUGAUAGACAUAAUGAAGUUACUUGAUAUAUUAGAAAAUCAAGAGAUGAAUAUAUUUCAUUCAUAUGUAAAAAACGCGCUUAUUGAUUUAGGUCAGUUAUCAAGGUCAGUAGCAAUAGCCAAAUGGAAUCGUAAAUCAAAUCAUUCUAUAGACAAAGAGUUGACAUUGACUAAUUUACCGGUAUGCGAUUUGAAUAAGGACUCGCCAAAACAAACUACAGAAAACACAUCUUUGAUAUGCUUUGGAGGACGAUUAUGUAACAAAAGUUUCUCAUCAAAUAUAACAUGUUAUAAAAUUUUUGAAAUGAAAUCAUUUAUUAAUCAGAAUGAAAAUUUAUGCAUGGAUCCAUAUCAAAAUUAUAAUACUGAUGAAAAUUAUUCAAAUAAUAAUUAUAUGGAAUCAUGUACAUUUCCUUAUUUAAAACAAAUAAUUUUACCAAAUUUAAAAACUAUGCCUUCUUUAAGAAAAGGUUUUGGGGCUAUCAAUUUAAAUGAUAAAAUAUAUCUCGUUGGUGGAAAACCUAAAUGUUCAAUGAAAACAUCUAAUGUUUACGAUGUUUCAUUAGGUUUAUGGUCUAGUGGACCAAAUUUAAAUCUUGGACGAAGUUGGUAUUCAGUUACGGAAUGUGAUGGUGUGAUGUAUGCUAUAGGAGGUGUCGGAGAAAACGAUCAAAAUUUAUCAUCCGUUGAGAUGUUGGACCCACGAGUAAAUAAGUGGGAAUCAUGUUCGUCAAUGUUGAGACCACGAUUUGGUUGUAGCGUUUGCUCUACCAAUAAUGAAAUUAUAGUUGUUGGUGGGGUCAGCGAUUCAACUAUCGAGAUGUAUGAUAUUACGUCAGGAAAAUGGCAAUUUUUAGCGAAAAUGUCUGAAGUACGUGAAGCUUCAAGUGUUUUUAUUCAUAAUGAUUGUGUAUACGUAUGCGGUGGAGCUAAUGAAACUGGUUGUGUAAAUUCCACAGAUAUAUUUUCAUUGAAAACUACAAUUUGGAGUAAAGGCAAACCAAUGAUUUUACAUCGGGCAUUUGCUGCUACACGUAUAUGGAAUGAUUAUAUCUUUUUAAUUGGUGGUCGUAACAAUAUGGAACCAUCAAAUUUAAUUCAAACUUACAAUUUAAAAACAAAUGAAUGGGCCGUUUUACCACAAACAUUACCAUAUCUUGUUUCAAAUUGUUGUGCUGUAACCACCAGUUUAUUAUAAACCAUAAAUUUUUUGAAUGUUUAAAGUUCAUAAAAUGAACUGAAACUUUAUUAUUAAUGUGUAAUUUUGUAUUUAAAAAAGGACAAAAAUUUAAUUCUGUAUUCAUAUCUAGUCGUAAUAUAAUUUUCAAUAAUUAAUAUGGUUACACAUUACCCAUACUGAAUGGGGGGGGGCGUUUCAUCAGUAUCAUGUAGUAAUGUGUAUCGAUUUCCACUAUGUCAUAUGAUUGGCUGACUGACAAAUAUGUAAUGAAGAAGAAAUAAUUUCAUGCCAAAUUAAUGGUGUUACAUAGAUAGCUGAAGGAUCUAAUGGUUGAACCUUUAAUUUUUUAGAAAUGUUUGGAGUCGCUACAAAUCACUAUCUAUUAGACCGUCUUAGAAUGACUGAUGUAUACUGUCGACUGAUAUCAGUGAUUAAAAUAAUUUAUUUAAUUUAUGUGUGUAUAUGAUAAAGCUUGUAAUGGCUGGUGCUAUGUCAAGCACACACAGGUUAUUUUAACUUCUGGCCAGAUCAAUUUAUUCAUUCUUCUCAAGCCAUAUUUUGACAUCGUCAAUAAUUCACUUAUUAACCUUGAAUUUUUAUAUGAUCGUAUGUCUUUAAUUGCUCAGCCUAUUCAUUAUGUGUUUGCAACUUAUUUUGUUUGAGUAUAAAUAUUGAGUCACGCUUUAUCAAAACGAGUUGGUUCAUUCGCAUUCUCCAACGCGCGUAAUUUCGUUCAGUUUCUCUGACUGUCUUUCCGGAUUGAUUAGUGUAUGACAUAUCUACGUAUUGGAAGUCCAUUCUCGUAUUUGAAUUAUUUAAUCCCAUUAUUAACCAACGUGAUUUAAGUGGAUGAUUAUAUACAACGGUAGCCAGGAUGUAUCUUUUAAUAGUAAUCAUCAUUUGAUAUAACUGGGGUCAGAUAUUGGGCCAUUAAAUGCUAUAUUAAAAGAUUGUUUUUAUUUACUAUUACAGUUGUAACGAAUGUAGAUAAUCUACUAUGCAAUGAUUUGACCACCUUAAAUUGGACAUUUUUGUCUCCAUAGGUAACCUGCUCUUAUAAGAAUUUUGGAAAAAAAGAUUUAUGUUUUGUUAUGUAAUAUGAUAUGAAAGCAUUUGAUGCGUAAAAUUUAAGGGUACCAAGAUUUGGUUACUUAUUCUCUGAAGAAGCGACUUACACUAAAUCACGAAACGUCAGAAAAUUUAAUUUUUCUACUCAUUGGGGUAUUACAAAUAUAUCAUUUAUUUAUUUAUAACAAACUAUCCAAUGUUCAAUUUGUUCGAAAUUAUCAAAUCAAACCUUGGUAAUGAUACAUGAUUAAUGAUAAGUUGAGUAGUAACAGUUAUUGAAUAGGUAUCUACUUGAUCCAAGUUAGGAAUGUAUACCGUUUUAUGGUAACUUGAUGAUCACAAAGUUAGGCACUCAUCAUGAGGCCUAAGUGUCCUAGGUAGAAUUUUUGUUGUGCCCUGCUGAAUCCUGUACUAAAAAGAAACAACUAUCCAGUGUUUCGUAGUUUUCAAUGAUACAUAUAUUUGAUAUCAGUAUGAACAUUUGCAAUUUAUUCAUUAAAUGCAUAACAUUAAUCAUUUUAAUAUCUAUUUUGUGUUAAUUACAACCUAAUAUAAGCUCAAGAAUGAAAUACAAAAGUUUACUG